CGGCCCGAGCUGAUCUAGGCUUCUCCUCGGGAGCCCGCUGGCUGCUCGCUGCUGCGGCUGCGCCUCCCGUCCGCCGUGUCACCGCCGCCGCCGCCGCCAUGCCCGGAGGACUGCUUCUCGGGGACGAAGCCCCCAACUUUGAGGCCGACACCACCAUCGGCCGCAUCCGCUUCCACGAUUACCUGGGAGACUCAUGGGGCAUUCUCUUUUCCCACCCACGGGACUUUACCCCAGUGUGCACCACAGAGCUUGGCAGAGCUGCAAAGCUGACGCCAGAGUUUACCAAGAGGAAUGUUAAGUUGAUUGCUCUUUCAAUAGACAGUGUUGAGGACCAUUUUGCCUGGACCAAGGACAUCAAUGCUUACAAUGGCGAGGAUCCCACAGAGAAGUUUCCAUUUCCCAUCAUCGAUGAUAAGAACAGGGACAUUGCUAUCCUUCUAGGCAUGUUGGAUCCAGCUGAGAAGGAUGAAAAGGGCAUGCCCGUGACAGCCCGUGUGGUGUUCAUUUUUGGCCCUGACAAGAAACUGAAGCUGUCGAUCCUCUACCCAGCCACCACGGGCAGGAACUUCGAUGAGAUUCUCAGAGUGGUUAACUCCCUCCAGCUGACGGCCACAAAGCGGGUUGCCACCCCAGUUGAUUGGAAGGAAGGAGAUAGUGUGAUGGUCCUUCCCACCGUCCCUGAAGACGAAGCCAAACAACUUUUCCCUAAAGGAGUCUUCACCAAAGAGCUCCCGUCUGGCAAAAAAUACCUCCGUUAUACCCCCCAGCCUUAAGUCUUUGUGGGAGUUGGGGCUGCCGCUGCUCUCCCAGCACGGUGUACCUGAGGAGGCCAGCUGACAGUCACGUGUCCUCACAGCAGUUCCGUAGAAACAUCCCGGUGUGAUCACAGCCGAAGUCGUUUAGGUCACUAUACUACUGGCUCAUUAAAUGGAAAUGGCACCAAAACUUUCUCGGGGUUCUUUUCUGUGUGCCUUCACCAGCAUUCUGCCCCUCUGUCCAUCUCCAGGCCCUGCUGCCUGGCUUUCCUGGACACACAUUCUGUACUGGAGACUCAGAUCUUGUUAGGUCUGUGAGAAUGUGUGAUCGAUAAGGUAGUGUCAGGUGGUGGUAGAGGAAGCUCACUCCACUCCGUUGUAGAAAGGUUAUCAGAACCUUCUGUAGCUUUUCAGAUUGAAUCUGCUGUUGCCUGUUUUGGAGAGCGCUAAAAUGGGGGCAGGGGCUUUCAAUUCGGUACUUUUAGUCAAUAAAAUGGGAACAGCACGAGGAGAGUUCUUUAUAAGAAAUCUGUGGUGAGUUUCUAUUAAAGCAAGAUAAAAGCAGCCUUUCUUUUUUUUUUUUUAACCUCCCUGGGAGGGAGGUGCACCCAAGCGUGUAAGCAAGACAGGGCAUGUAACUCCUGGCAUUUCCAUGUCUGCUCUUAUAAUAUGUGCAUGUGAAGACAGGCGGUGACAGAAUGUUACAGCACUAAGCUGGCCUAGUGGGUUGCCAUUUUCAAAAUUUUGCUUUUCAGGGUUCAGCAAAUAAAAUCUUUGUUUAAACUGGAUCAGAAAA